CGCCAAGGAGGAGUUUUCCAGCCUGGCUUUAGAGGCUCUGUCUCUCUACACAGCCCCUCGGUCUCUUGGCCUCCUCCAGCCCCUUAAGUGCGCUGCGCAGCCUGCCCCGCGGGGGAAGCGCCGCCGGCUCACCAUGGGGAGCCCGGGACUCCGGCCCGCUUUGUUGCUGCCUCAAGUACUGCCACUGUUGCUGGCGCUACUGCACGUCCUGGAGAGCCAGGGCUUUCCAGAAAAGCGUUGUCCUACCCUUACCAUGCCGGCAAAUGGAGGGUUUAAGUGUGUUGAUGGUGCCUACUUUAACUCUCGGUGUGAGUACUAUUGCUCACCAGGAUAUACAUUGAAAGGGGAGCGGACAGUCACAUGUAUGGACAACAAGGCUUGGAGUGGCCGACCAGCGUCCUGUGUAGAUAUGGAACCUCCUAGAAUCAAGUGCCCAAGUGUGAAAGAACGUAUAGCUGAGCCCAAUAAGCUGACAGUUCGGGUGUCCUGGGAAACCCCAGAGGGAAGAGAUACAGCAGAUGGGAUUCUUACUGAUGUUAUUCUGAAAGGCCUUCCUCCGGGCUCGAAUUUUCCAGAAGGAGACCACAAGAUUGAGUACACAGUCUAUGACAGAGCUGAGAACAAGGGGACUUGCAAGUUUCGAGUUAAAGUAAGAGUCAGACGUUGUGGCAAGCUCAAUGCCCCAGAGAAUGGUUACAUGAAGUGCUCCAGCGAUGGUGACAAUUAUGGAGCCACCUGUGAGUUCUCCUGUAUCGGCGGCUACGAGCUUCAGGGUAGUCCUGCCCGAGUAUGCCAAUCCAAUCUGGCUUGGUCCGGCACAGAGCCCAGCUGUGCAGCGAUGAAUGUCAAUGUUGGUGUCAGAACAGCAGCUGCACUUCUGGACCAGUUUUACGAGAAAAGACGACUCCUCAUUGUGUCUACACCCACAGCUCGAAACCUCCUCUACAGACUGCAGCUGGGAAUGCUACAGCAAGCACAGUGUGGCCUGGAUCUCCGACAUGUCACCGUGGUGGAGCUGGUAGGAGUCUUCCCAACCCUCAUCGGCAGGAUCAGAGCAAAGAUCAUGCCUCCAGCUCUAGCUCUGCAGCUCAGGCUGUUGCUUCGAAUCCCACUCUACUCCUUCAGCAUGGUUCUAGUGGAUAAGCAUGGCAUGGAUAAAGAACGUUAUGUCUCCUUAGUGACACCCAUGGCUCUCUUCAACCUCAUUGACACUUUCCCCCUGAGGAAAGAAGAGAUGAUCCUGCAGGCUGAGAUGGGCCAGACUUGCAAUGCCUGAUGUGCUGUUACAUUCAUGGUGGUUCCUCAUCUCUUAUUCUAUACUACAGUGCCUGUGGGGAGGCCUUAAAAUACCUUUGAUGUACAGAUUUUCAUUUGUAAUUUUUAAAGUCUAUUUUAUUAUGUGCUUUCUUUGCUCUUAGACACUGACACAAUGCUUUUUUAAACCUUGAAAUGUUAAAAAAACACUAAUAUAUCUAUUCUAACUCUCCUUUUAGUCCAUUGUGGCUGAUGAAAUUAGAAGCUACAGCCACGCUCAUGCUCUCAGAACAUUACUCAGUGUGAAACGUGUUCUCCUUUUCUUUUAUUGUUUAUAUAAGUCUUUUGUUAAUAAAAUAAUUUGAAGCAAACUUACUAAAACUCACCUUUAAAAAAAUAAUCAAGCACCAGGCUUAUUUGCUUGGCAUGAUCAGUAGUUUUAAAACCAUGAUUCUUUGUUUAUCCUAAGAAAGGGAAACUAUAGUCCUGUCAGGGGAUCAACUGAGAUGAGAGAGAGCUACGUUCCCAAGUGGGGGAAUAGCAAAUUGAAAAUAUUCAGAUAAAGCUACAUGAUGUUCAUGCUAAAAUUGGGUAUACUCUUUUCCCAAUGUAAUAUAAAAAUUAUUUACAAAUCACUUCCCUUAUAUGAGGUACUAUAAGUAAUCCAGAGAGGUUUAAAGUAUACAAGGGGAUUCACAUAGAUUCCAUGCAAGUCCUGGACCAUUUGAUAUCACAAGUUGAGUGAAUUUUGAGGCCCUGGAACCAAUCAUUCCUGAGUUUGUGAAUGAACAAGCGUGAUGGACCAGUAGGGCUGAAUUCUUGACUGCACCCCACCCAGCGAGGUUACAAUUCACCAGUUGUACAUCAGAUCCCUUUUCAGAGAUUUCUAUUUUUAAAUGGUUGAGCCUAGAAAAUCACACCUUGGCAUUUAAGAAACAAUUAGAUUAUACUCC